AACGCGACAAAAGAAGCACCAUUGGCGUUUCGUCUGUGAAAUCCAGAUACGAAGACGGAGAAAGGAGAGAGGAGAUGGAGGGGAUCGAGGGAGAUAGUUCAGCGAGAGCAAGCAAGUAUGUGCUGGAUUCAGGACCCCUAAGAAACGAAGAUAUACUUAUUUGUGUGGAUGUGGAUCCUGAAUCCCUUAUCGAGUUGAAGGCUACUGGUUCUAAUGGCCGACCACUCACCAGGUUGGACUCUAUCAAGCAAGCCGUCCUUCUCUUUGUUAAUGCCAAGCUAACCAUCAAUCCUGAACAUCGUUUUGCAUUCGUCGCUCUCGGAAAGUCUGCUUCUUGGCUCAAGAAAGAGUUUAGCAAUGAUGUUGAGUCUGCAAUUGCUGCAAUGCGGGGGCUUUCAGCUACUUCGUCCAGUGGCCAACCAGAUCUUACUAAUUUGUUCAGAGUUGCUGCUCAUGAAGCUAAGAAAUCUCGUGUGCAGAGUCGUAUUUUCAGAGUGAUUCUCAUCUACUGUCGAUCAUCAGUGCGACCCAUACAUCAAUGGUCUUCGAACCAAAGGCUUUUCACUCUGGAUGUGAUGUACCUCCAUGACAAACCUGGACCAGAAAAUUGUCCCCAGGCAGUCUAUGAUACCCUUGUGGAAGCCCUUGAACAAGUGAGUGAAUAUGAGGGCUAUAUCUUGGAAAGUGGGCAAGGGCUAGUACGCGUCAUUUUCCGCCACAUGUGCAUACUCUUGUCACAUCCUCAACAGCGUUGUAUACAAGAAGAUGUUGACUUCCCCAAACCUCUUACAAAGAAGUCUCCUCCACCAGAGUCAAUGACUGCGGAAGACACUGUUCCUGCACCCAGCCAAUGAGUAUGCCUAUUACUUCAUAUAUUACUAAGAAGAUGAUGUGGAUUCGUAAUAUCUAGUUGUCUCUGUAAAUCAUGUUUACCUUUAAAAGGAAAUUGUGGAUGAAUUGUCAAUUUGGCGUCUCAAAGUUUCACAACAAUGGAUGCGCAAGCUUCAAUGCUUUUUGCCAUCAAUCCAAACUUUGUAGCUAUACGAGCAGGGCAUACAUAGUGCCCUCUUUUCAGUGCAUGUCUGCUGUUGUAUCGUAUGUUUUUUUUUCCUGUGAGAUUGUGAAAAUGAGCUGUCUUUGCUUUGCUUCCUUCUACACUUGUGUUGAGGUUAAG